GAACUGGCGAUGGCAGGAACGCUUUCAGGACGUCUCUGAAACCUUCCCAUGUUGGUGAAACUGCUCGAGAUAUCUCACGCAUGCGGUUGAGUUUGUGUUGUGGAGAGAUUGAAGCGCACAGCAGAAGGGUCUGAGACACCUGUCAGUGACAGCGAGCAUGAAGGAGAAGUCGAAGAACGCGGCGCGGACGCGGCGGGAGAAGGAGAACAGCGAGUUCUAUGAGCUGGCCAAACUGCUGCCUCUGCCCUCGGCCAUCACCUCACAGCUGGACAAAGCCUCCAUCAUCAGACUCACCACCAGCUACCUGAAGAUGAGGAUCGUCUUCCCAGAAGGUCUCGGGGAGUCUUGGGGCCAUGUGAGUCGAGCGAGUUCUCUGGACAAUGUGGGCCGAGAGUUAGGAUCACAUCUGCUUCAGACUUUGGAUGGCUUCAUUUUUGUGGUAGCUCCUGAUGGAAAAAUCAUGUACAUUUCUGAAACUGCAUCAGUGCAUUUAGGGUUGUCACAGGUAGAGCUGACGGGGAACAGCAUUUAUGAAUACAUCCACCCCGCAGACCACGACGAGAUGACCGCAGUCCUGACGGCUCACCAGCCGUAUCAUUCACACUUCGUCCAAGAAUAUGAAAUGGAAAGGUCUUUUUUCCUGAGAAUGAAAUGCGUCCUUGCUAAAAGAAACGCUGGCUUGACGUGUGCUGGUUACAAGGUAAUUCACUGCAGCGGCUAUCUGAAGGUCCGUCAGUACAGCUUAGACAUGUCUCCGUUUGACGGCUGUUAUCAGAACGUGGGUCUGAUGGCUGUUGGUCACUCUCUCCCCCCCAGCGCAGUAACCGAGAUCAAGCUCCACAGCAAUAUGUUCAUGUUCAGAGCCAGCCUGGACAUGAAACUCAUUUUCCUGGACUCCAGGGUUGCGGAGCUCACUGGCUACGAGCCGCAAGACUUAAUAGAGAAGACACUUUAUCACCACGUCCACAGCUGUGACACUUUCCAUCUCCGCUGCGCGCACCACUUGUUGCUGGUAAAAGGACAAGUCACCACCAAAUACUACCGAUUUCUGGCUAAGCAGGGUGGGUGGGUGUGGGUACAGAGUUACGCUACUAUCGUACACAACAGCAGAUCGUCCAGACCACACUGCAUCGUCAGCGUCAACUACGUCCUCACGAACACGGAGUACAAAGGACUACAGUUGUCCUUAGAUCAGGUGACGUCCGCUAAACCCUCGUUCACCUACAACAGCCCCUCUAACCCCAUCAGUGAGAACAGAAGAGUUGGCAAAAGCAGAGUCUCCCGUACCAAGACCAAAACAAGACUCUCUCCCUAUUCACAGUAUCCGAGUUUCCCCACAGAUCGCUCAGAGUCAGAUCAGGAUAGCCCGUGGGGAGGAAGCCCACUCACUGACUCUGCAUCUCCUCAGCUUCUGGAGCAGUGUGAAGGCAUAGACUCCUCAUGCGUGUACCGGCAGUUCCCGGAACCACGGCCGCUGUGCUACAGCCUACCGCUGACAGAUGACCAUCAUACCUCCAGUGACCUCUACGGCCACACUCACUCCGAGUCCUGUGAGAGUGGUCGCUGUAAGGCUGGCCGAUACUUCCUUGGCACCCCUCAGCCUGGACGAGAGGCAUGGUGGGGUGCAGCCCGCUCUGUUCUCCCAUUGCCCAAGUCUUCGUCCGAGAACGGGGACAGUUUUGAAGAUGUGAUGCCCCACAUCACCUCUAUCCAUAGCCUGCAAGUGAGGGGUCACUGGGACGAGGACAGCAUGGUCAGCUCACCUGACACGAACGAUUCAGGUGACCGAUACCACGGUGACCAAUGCCGUGCAAGUCCUCAAGAGCCCAGCAAGAUUGAGACGUUGAUUCGAGCCACGCAACAGAUGAUCAAAGAGGAGGAAAGUCGUCUGCAGUUGAGAAAGGCUCCUACAGAAAUACCUUUGGACUCUACAAACGGUCUGGCAAAGAGUCACGGCUCCUCGUUUCACAGUACCGACUUUUCCCAGUCAGCAUUGCAGAGUGUGGUGUGUCGGGGGCUGGCUCAGGUUAUAAGCCCCGCCCCUAGUCCUGUUCCUCUGUCCCGUCUCAGCAGCCCCAUCCCUGACAGACUGGGUAAAAGUAAAGACUUCCUGCAAAGCGAGCUCUCCUCUUCUCAGCAACACCAGCAGCCUCUGCCCCUGACGGGCACAUGUGCUGUCUCACCGACUCCAGCUCUAUACCCCUCACACCCCCGCCAGUACCUGGAAAAACACACAGCCUACUCGCUCACCAGCUACGCACUAGAACAUCUGUACGAGGCAGACAGCUUUAGAGGAUACUCCCUGGGUUGCUCAGGUUCCUCCCAUUACGACAUGGCCACUCAUCUGCGCAUGCAGGCUGAACAAGCCCCGGGCCAUAAAGGCACCUCCGUCAUUAUCACCAACGGCAGCUGAUGCUUAUCAAAUCACGAGCCGCCACUCAGCGCUUCACCCUCUCACUCAAGCUAGCCUAGAAUUUUUGAUUUGAAUUGAUAUG